AUGAUAAUCUGGACUCGCCGACCAUCGUCUCGGGACCAGCUCGUCGUAUUUCGCGAGUUUCGAAAAAAUUUGCUUCGCGAUGGACUUGAACUAAUCAUGAUGUCUUUGCAUCUCAAGUACGCCCUGAACGGUCGCGAGGUCAAGGCCAUCAUGAUGCAGCGUCUGGUCAAGGUUGACGGCAAGGUCCGCACCGACACCACCUUCCCCGCUGGCUUCAUGGAUGUCAUCUCCCUCGAGAAGACUGGCGAGCACUUCCGUCUCAUCUACGACACCAAGGGCCGCUUCACCGUCCACCGCAUCCAGGCUGAGGAGGCUGAGUUCAAGCUCUGCAAGGUCAAGCGUGUUCAGCUCGGCAAGGGCGGGAUCCCAUUCUUGGUUACGCACGAUGCGCGAACCAUUCGCUACCCCGACCCCGUCAUCAAGGUCAACGACACCGUCAAGAUCGACAUCACCACUGGCAAGAUUGUUGACUACGUCAAGUUCGACUCCGGUGUUGUCAUCAUGGCCACUGGUGGUCGUAACAUGGGUCGUGUUGGUGUCAUCACUCACCGUGAGCGCCACGAUGGUGGUUUCAACAUCGUCCACGUCAAGGAUGCUAUUGACAACACCUUCGCCACCCGUGAGUCCAACGUCUUCAUCAUUGGCCAGGAGAAGCCCUGGAUCUCCCUGCCCAAGGGCAAGGGUGUCAAGCUCUCCAUUGCUGAGGAGCGUGACCGCCGCCGUGCUCACGCUAUUGCCAACUAA